AGAAAGACAGACGGACAGAUUUAUGUGCAUGUGUACCGAGGUUUUAAUAACAAUGAUAUGAAAAUGCUCUUUAUGUCAUUGUCACAUUUAGUGCUCCCCUCCUGCUAUAAUGAAGUUGGUUCACUUAUUGGAUACUUCAGUGCCAGAGAAUGCUGCGUGGAGAUGGAAGGGAGCCGUUCCUACAGAUACGGAGAUAGAUCUUUCCCCUGCAUAGUCCAUGGAUUUGUGAAGACAAUAUACAGUGUUGUAGAGGGGGAAACAUUGGACAUUGCUUUUGGAAGAAACGCCAAGGGCAUAACUAGGUUUCCACUGCUCACAAUUGAAGGCAGGAUCACAUCAGAUGGGGACGAGGAUGAUUACCAGCCAGUCUCAGUCACUUUGCUUCGGAGAGACUCAAGGAUAACUCUCAGUUUGACUGCAUACAAUGAUUUGAUUGCUUUGGAAGAUGGCGACAAAGUCAUUCUGAGACACACCUCUGGUAUCAAUAAUUAUGUCAAUCUGGUGGAGCAAAGUGGGGAGUUUAUCAGCCACACUACGAAAGUAGCCAUUGUGGAUAAAAACAACAGAGUGGAAAUAGAUGUUGCUCAGUCAGUUUACACUGUGUCCGAAGAUGAGACAGGCAAACAAAUACUCACUCUAGCAAUCAAGAACGAUUUAAUGGUACAGGGCCCUAUCGCCCUGAGGCUCACAGCUAUGAGUCUGACUUCGCCGGUUGGUGAUGAGGCUGAGAGGGCUACACCAAGACAAGAUUUCCAUGUAGAGACUGUGGAUAUUGAAAUCCCUCCAGGAGCAGUUGGAACAACCAUUAUUAGUCUGAAUGACAUCAUUAUUAAUGAUCACACUGUGGAAAACCGCAUACAGAGGUUCAGCCUGAUGGUGGAGGUAUCUGAAGACCGAGUGUUCUUUGAUUCAAACAACACCACUAAGAAAUCAGUUGAAGUGGCUAUUGAGAGUGAUGACACGGUCAGUGUUUCUCUAUUGUUGUCUAAUGUGGUAUUCUAUGAAAGUGAUGAAAGUCCAUUCAAUAUUUGUGUGAUCGUGACAAUUGAAGGAACCGACCAAAACUGUCCUGUGGAGUUUCAAGUAAACUAUACUCUUAGCUUCACCAAGUACUCAUACACAGAAAAUGGAGAUGGCGAGACAAUCCUUCGUGAUGUUACUGUUGAUAAGUGUAUCAACAUGACAUGUGUCGAUCUCAAGGCUGUCUUCAACAUUCCGAAUGGUGAUGAAUUUAAUACUCAGUUGUGUAAUGUGUCUCUUCUACCUGAUGCCGAAACUGAAGUACCUCAGUCUGGGAUGUUUCGAGUCUCAACAGAUGUUGUGAUGUUUGAAAUAAGAGACGACGACUAUGCUACUGUGGGCCUGGAGGAAAUGUCUUACGGAGUCAACGAAGGAGACAGCCUCAACGUAUGUGCCAGAGUGACAUCUUCAAAUAUCUCGUGUCCUAUCAGCUAUGGAUUCAGUCUCAUGAUCUCUACUGCUCCUAUUAAUGCAGUACCUGGUGAGGACUAUCAGCCUCUCAACAACAAGAUACUAUACUUCGAACCAUGUCAGACAAAGUUAUGCAUCAAUAUAAGCACUAUAGAAGAUGGCUGUGUCGUGGAGCUAGUAAAGAGUUUCACAGUUAUGCUACGAAGGGAUGCAGUAGACGGCAUAAAGAUAGAGCCAUCAGAAGCAAGCAUUGGAAUCCAUGACAGUGAUGUGGCUUAUGUGCGAAUCGUGGGAGGCAGCAGAGAU